GCCAGCGUGAGAAAUAUUAGUUCACUCUGAGUGCGUAUCCACCAACAGGCGAUUCAAAGAUCGGUCGGUACCUUGUGACGCAAGUACCUUCUCAUCGCGGCAACGACCAACGGAUACGACGAACACUGCCGCCGCCACUCCAGCCAUCCACCCCCUUCACGGCCAUCGCCCCACAAUACACUAGCCUCCUCCCAACGAACUCAACCAGACCAGCAUGCAGUGGGCAGCCACGACAACGUUGAAGCCAGCGGCACGCAACUAUGGCACGCUUCAACCCAUUCCAGAAGAGGAUCACGAACUGUCCCCGAUGCUUCGAGCCAACUACAUGAGCCCCGCCCUGCGGAAACUGUCCUACCGACGCCAAGAUUCGAUGCCAUACGCGAUGAAGAACGGUUCCACGACGUUGAACCCGCGCGCGUUGGUGUACGUGAUCUCGGUCCCGGCCGUGCUCUUCCUCUUCUUCAUGUUCAUAUUCAUACUGCGCGCGAACGCCCCGGCGACGGACAUCCUGUGGCGCGACUGUGCGUUCGAGCCAUGGCAGACGUCGGACGCGUGCGACCCUACACACGCGUUGGCUUAUCGCGCGUCGUCCAUCGUCGCCAAUCUGACGUGGGAAGAGAAGCUGUCGCAAUGUCGGGUCGUGCAGAACGAGUUGCCACAAAUGAACUUGUCCACGUUUAACUACUGUCAGGAGGCCAAAUUCAAGAAACUGCUCCAGGUACAUACAUGUGUCAUUCGUGUGCUCAACCUGGAAUUGAUCUCAUGCAGAAACAACUACCUUGUCGUAGGUGCAUCCUGUCGAGUUCGCGCCCAUAGAUAUGACGUCAUCCUGCGAGCACUACUACUUGCGAGGCCCGCAACCACCACGGCGCACUCUCAAUGCCACCGACUGCAAAGCAGCCGUGCACGACUUGAUCCUAAAUGGCGUGCUGCUGUCGUUGUCCCGCGAAGAUGUCGCUACAUGCAGCGGCUUCCACUACACGUCCACGGAUGUGUCGACGUUGAACGACGUGCUCAUGCGACUCCUUGCCGGCCGCAUCCUCGCCGAUGAAACCCAGGAAGUCACGGCGGAUGGGAUUGAGCUGGGCGCCCCCGAAGACUUUCAUGCCGGCCCCAAUACCGCCAGCGGUGUAACACUAUAAUCGAGUAGCAUAAUUUAUGGAUGUCCUGUAUCUACUCGUGUCGGUAGUACAAUGUACUCUGGUGUAUAGGAACAAUACUGCGACGAAUAUAGACAGACACGUUCAAUGGAGAUGAC